UCAUCUUAUAAACAAGAGGGCGUACUCACAUAAACGGACCACCUCUACCGCCGCGUCUGUAGCUGCGCUUCCGUGUUUACACACCCACAAACCAGGAGGAGGACUAGCUAGCCCUAUGUUUACCGAGCGAGCUCAGAGCGGGGGGUAUAGAAAGUGACACUGUCACACACGGGAGGCUUAUUGUAUGGUCCUAAAUAGAUAAUUUCAGGUUCCACGAUUGCAUUUUACAGCGGUAUGUUCACUCGAAGGGGCCAUGGAGACAUCAAGAAAUCUACACAGAAAGUUCUGGACCCAAAGAAGGAUGUACUGACUCGACUGAAACACCUCCGGUCACUGUUAGACAUCAGCGAGAAGAGUGAGCUGAAGACCUUCUUCGAGAGUAACUGUUCUCAGAUUUAUUUUAUCUUCUAUGAAAAUUUCAUUACACUGGAAAGCAACUUAAAGCAAAAAGGGAACAAAUCUCAAAGGGAAGAGCUGGACUCCAUCCUCUUUAUUUUUGAAAAAAUCCUGCAACUUCUACCAGAGAAAAUCUACAGCCGAUGGCAGUUCCACAGUAUAGGUUCUAUCCUGAAAAAGCUUUUGCACACUGGAAACUCAUUCAAGAUCCGUGGCGAGGGGAUCCGUCUCUUCCUGCUGUGGCUGCAGGCCCUGAGGGACAACUGUGCCGAGGAACAGCUGCUGGUGUUCGCCUGCCUGGUGCCUGGGUUCCCCGCCGUGCCCUCCACCCGGGGGCCCUGCACCCUGGACACCAUCAUCUACAACCCCUUCUCCAGCCCCCCCGACGCCAAGGUGGUCCCUGAAGAGAUCACCCCGCUGGUCCCCGCCCUGCCUGGGGAGAAGGUGGCCGACGACCAGACCUGCCACGUCCUGCAGACCCUCCUCAAGUUCAUGGUGACCCAGGCUUCCAGCUUGGAAUGGAAGAACAAAGACACCCAAGACACAGGCUUCAGGUUUCUCUUCAGCCUGUUCAAGAAGUACUACCUUCCACACCUCUUCCCCUCCUUCACCAAACUCACCAACCUCUACAAGCCUCUACUGGACCUCCCCCACCACAGACCAAAGCCCCUGUACGUGCCGGUGACGCGGAACAACGAGAGCACCUUCUGCACCCGGGACCAGUACCUGGCGCCCCGCGUGGCCUUCAUCACCUGGCUGGUCACCUUCUUCCUGGAGAAGAAGUACGUCAGCUCCGCGGCCGCCGUGCCCAGCGCCAAGAACGGCACCGAGGUCAUCCCCAAACUCAUCCAGACUGUGACUGCAGGCAGUAGCAGCCAGGAGAAGGAGCGGGAGAGGGACAAGGAGAAGGGGGCAGGGGCCGGUGGAGGAGGAGGGGGUGGGGGAGGAGGUGAGGGGGAGCCCAACGGCCCCGCCGGGGAGCCGGAGAAGAGCCACUCCAACAGCAGCACCCUAUCGGACCGGCGGGCCAGCGACUCCAGCCUGUGCAGCAUCGAGGAGGAGCAGCGCUACGUGUACGAGAUGGUGCACGCCAUCCUGCUCUCCACCCGCGACAACGUCAACUUUGUCAACGAGGUCUUCCACCAGGCGUUCCUACUGCCGUCGUGCGAGGCGUCGGCCACCCGGAAGGUGAUCAAGGUGUACCGGAAGUGGAUCCUGCAGGAGAAGCCCAGCUUCAUGACGGAGCCGGACAAGAUCAGCCAGGAGGACGAGGUGGACGCCGUCCCCCAGCCGCCCCCCGUCAGAGAGACCCCCACCGCCUGUCCACCGGUGGCAGAAGUCCCCGGUCACAAGCGGACGUCCAGCUGGGGGAGAACCUACUCCUUCAGCAGCGCCAUCAGCCGGGGCUCCAUGACGGAGCAGCAGAACCAUGACAUCAAGGCUGGCGUCCAGUCCACCCUGCAGGUGUUUCUGACCAAUUCGUCCAACGUGUUCCUCCUGGAGCCCUGCCAGGACGUGGCCAAGCUGCUGGACAACCAGGUGGAGGUGUGCAAGGGCGUGCUCAGCAUCUACCGCCACAUGAUCAUGGAGCACACCAUGAACACGCAGACAUGGGAGCAGAUGCUGCAGGUGCUGCUGAGGAUUACGGAGGCGGUGAUGAAGAGGCCGCAGGAAGACCAGCGGAAGGACGCCUUCGCAGAGAGCUUAGCAGCCAUACUGUUCAGGACCAUCAUCGUGGCGUGGGUGCGAGCCAACCUGUGCGUGUUCAUCUCGCGGGAGCUGUGGGACGAGCUGCUGGCCGUGCUGUCCUCCCUCACGGCCUGGGACGAGCUGGUGGCCGAGUGGGCGGGCAUCAUGGACUCCCUGACGGCCGUGCUGGCGCGGUCCGUCUACGGCCUGGACAUGGCCGACCUGCCGCUGGACAAGCUGAGCGAGCAGAAGGAGAAGAGGCAGAGAGGGCGAGGGGUGAUCCCGGACUCCCAGAAGGCGGCGGCGGCGGUGGCGCGCUCCUUCUCCCUGAGCUGGAGGAACCAGGGUGACCAGGGGGCUCACGCGGGCCAGGAGCCCAUGAGGAUCCGCUCGGCCACCACGUCUGGAGCCCCCGGCGUGGAGAAGGCCCGCAACAACGUCCGGCAGAAGGCUUCUGCUAAGAGAAGCCAGUCCAUCAGCAACUGUGUCCAUCUUUACGAGGCUUUGCCCACUGCUAAGAGUGUUCCUAUGCUGCUCCACACUGUGAGCUCGCUCUUGCCCGGUAUCUCCUCUGGUAACUCUGCUUCCCCUCACAGACUCUCAGACGUGGAGGAGGGCCAGCUGUCGGAGUGCGGGCUGGAGGAGGAGGUGGGAGACGGCGACAGCCCCCUACCUCGUAGCAGCAGCACCUCUGACAUCACCCAGCAGCUGGCCGACACCUUCCCCGGCCAGAAGAGGGAGCCCUCCCCAACCUCCAUUGGCUCCGACAGCAGGACGUCCGAGUGCAGCAGGAGAGAGAGCAGCGAGCCUCCUGUGAUCCUGAUCCGGCGAAGCAGCAGUCCGGUGGAGCUCGACAGCACUUCCGAAGGACAGACCAAUCACAUACGGCCCCAGCUCCGAGAGAAAAGCGAGAGCAUCAGCAGCGACACGUCCAACGGCUGCCCCGCGGACGCCGAGGCCGCCUGGCAGACGUGGCAGGCCUACGAGGAGGAGGCCGACAACCAGUCCACGCAGUCGGCCCACAUGGACGUCACGGCGGACCCCCAGAACCAGAGGAACCUGCUGCUCAGCCAGGAGGCCCUGGCAGGUUCUGAUUGUCCCCUCCUCGCUCGCCCUGCGCCCCUCUCCCAGCACAACCUUUAUCUCACUCACAACUAUCAUCAUCCCAACCUCCACCACCACCACCACCAUCAGCACCGGAGCCAACACCCCAACCCUCCGUCCUCGCCGGCCCUGCUCGUGCACACCGAGUGUUCGCAGUACUGCCACCUGGAGAACUCUCUGAACAGCAGCGAGUGCCUUGCGGAUGACGUCAGCAUCAUCGCCGGCGGCAGCCUGACCGGUUGGCACGCCGACUCGGCCUUUGUGCUCUGGCGAAGGAUUCUGGGUAUCAUGGGCGACGUGAACAACAUCCGCUGUCCCAAGAUCCACGCCAAGGUCUUCUGCUACCUCUACGAGAUCUGGCACAAGCUGGAUAAGAUCAGGGACAACCUGGGCAUCAGCGUGGACAACCAGUCCUCGCCCCCCCGGCCGCCGUUCAUUCCCCCACUGAGGAUGCUGGCCUCCUGGCUCUUCAGGGCCACCACGUUGCCAGCAGAGUACAAAGCAGGCAAGCUCCAGGCCUACAAGCUCAUCUGUGAGAUGAUGACCAAGCAUCAGGACGUCCUCCCCAACAGCGACUUCCUGGUUCACCUCUACCACGUGAUGCACCGGGGCUUCACCAGCGACGACCAGGACAUCCUUAACACCAUGAUCCGGUCCUGCUCCCCGCGGUUCUUCUUCCUGGGCCUCCCCGGCUUUUCCAUGUUGGUGGGAGACUUCAUCACAGCAGCCGCAAGAGUCCUGAACACUGACUCACCUGAGGCUCCCCGUGCCGAGGCUCAGAUGCUGCUGGGCUCUCUGGUCUGCUUCCCCAACCUCUACCGGGGGAUUCCACUGCUGCAGACCGAGCACGUCGCCGUGGGCCACGAGGACAUCAAGGACUACCUGGUGAAGAUCCUGCUGAAGGAGGCCCGCACCGAGCCCUCGGAAGGAGCCAGGUGCAUAGCGGUGUGCAGCCUGGGCCUGUGGGUGUGUGAGGAGCUGAUGCAGAAGAACAUCCACCAUCACGUGAAGGACGCCAUCAACGUGUUGGGGGUGACACUGAAGUUUGGGAACAAGGCAGUGGCCCAGGUUGCGUGUGACGUGUUUCAACUCCUGAUUUCCCACUGGAAACACCUCCAGAGGCUGGAGCCCAGUCUUCCAAAAAAGAUCAUUGAGAUCUUUGUGGCCACAAUAGCCUUUCUGUUGCCGAGCGCGGAGCACUCUGUGGUGGAGGCGGACAAAAAGCUGAUGGUGUCCCUGCUGCUGUGCCUGUUGGACUGGUGCAUGGCCGUGCCCCUGGGCCUGCUGCUGGAGGCCAUCACCAUGCCCGUGCUGGACGACCCUGCCUCCCACAAGGCCCCGCUGCUCGACUACAUCUACAGGGUGCUGCACUGCUGUGUGUCGGGGUCCAACCUGCACACGCAGCAGAGCCACUACCUGCUCAGCCUGUCGGACCUCUCCACCGACUACGAGCCCUUCCUGGUGCUGGGCCAGGUGAAGAGCUCCGAGCCGCCGCACGCCCACAACAACACCGCCGACUUCGGCAGCCUGCUCACCGUGGCUGAGGAGAAGAAGCGGCGCAACAUGGAGCUGAUCCCGCUGACGGCGCGCAUGGUGAUGACGCACCUGGUCAACCACCUGGGCCACCACCCGCUGAGCGGCGGGCCCGCCCUGCUGCACAGCAUGGUGAGCGAGAACCACGACAACCCCUUCGUGGAGUCGUCGGAGCUCUCCUCGGAGGUCUUCAAGAGCCCCAACCUGCAGCUGUUCGUCUUCAACGACAGCACGCUGGUGUCCUACCUGCAGAUCCCCGCCGAGCCCCCCGCCUCGGCCGGCCGGCCGCCCCCCCCCUCCGCCCAGGUGCGCGUCAUCGUGCGCGACAUCUCGGGCAAGUACUCGUGGGACGGCGCCGUGCUGUACCGCACCGAUGAGGAGGAGGGGGAAGACCCGGCUGACGCGGGGGUCUUCUCCCCUCCGCGGAAAAGGCAGCCGCCCCCCUCGCCGACGAAGGCCCCGCCGGACCCCCUUCGCUGUUCCAUCGUGGACUCGGCCUUGUUCGGCUGCUGCGAGGAGCGGGAGGAGGACGAGGGGGCGGACAUCCUGGACCGGCUCCUCGAGGAGCUGGGCCACACCAGCCCGGAGGUGCUGCCCCACGCGCAGCUCCGGCUCAACCAGCCGGCCCCCUCGCCCUGCGGCAUGAACCUGGAGCAGGAGGCGGCCAUCCUGGAGGCCGUCCUGCAGCAGACGGCGCAGGAGGAGGAGCAGGUGAGGAGGUGGGACGCCGACGUCAGCGUGCGGGCCGCCUGCCAGAAGGAGCCCGUUCACCAGGGGCCCAAAGCGCCCUUCUACUUCUGCCGGCUCCUGCUCAACGACCUGGGCAUGAACUCCUGGGACCGCAGGAAAAGUUUCCAUCUGCUGAAGAAAAACUCCAAGCUCUUGAGGGAGUUGAAGAACUUGGAUUCCAGGCAGUGUCGGGAGACGCACAAGAUCGCUGUUUUCUACAUCGGAGAAGGGCAGGAGGAUAAGUGCUCCAUCUUGUCCAACAGUGCAGGCAGUCGGGCCUAUGAGGACUUUGUAUCCGGACUGGGAUGGGAGGUGGACCUGGCCACCCACUGCGGGUUCAUGGGCGGUCUCCAGAGGAACGGCAGCACCGGCCUCACAGCACCCUACUACGCUACCUCCAACGUGGAAGCCAUCUUCCACGUGUCCACGCGCAUGCCCUCCAACUCGGAGGACUGCCUCACCAAGAAGCUGAGACACCUGGGGAACGACGAGGUGCACAUCGUGUGGUCGGAGCACACCAGGGACUACCGCCGCGGCAUCAUCCCCACCGACUUCGGCGACGUGCUGAUCAUCGUCUACCCCAUGAAGAACCACAUGUUCUUCAUCCAGAUCAUGAAGAAGCCCCAGGUUCCUUUCUUCGGCCCCCUGUUCAACGGCGCCAUUGUGACGGGUGCGCUGCUGCCCAGCGUGCUGCGGGCCACCUGUAUCAACGCCAGCAGGGCUGUCAAGUCCCGGCUCACCCUCUACCAGAGCUUCUACGAAGAGCGGGCACUCUACCUGGAAGCCAUCGUCCAGAACCACAGAGAGGUCAUGACCUUUGAAGACUUUGCCUCGCAGGUCUUCUCCCCCUCGCCCAGCUACUAUCCAAUGAGUGGGACAGAUUAAAAAAAAUCUUAAAGGUCAGAUAAACGGUAUUUGAUGAAGAAGGCUCCCUGACCGGCAGCACCAGCGCUGAGAACGGCGUGGCCGCGGGAGCCGCCGACUCUGUCGACCAGGUGUCUCCCCCGAUACCCCGUGCCACAAAGAACCGAGUUUCCGGUAAACUCCGAAGAUCUGCCAGCGCUAUUAGCAAGUCGUCCACCUGAGCUCUGUGAACCCCCUCCUCCUCCCCCUCCCCGCUCUUGCCCUCCAUAAGUACAGCCUUUGAACUAUUCCUCAAACUAAAACCUCACAGAUCCGUCCCGUAACGCCGCCAUGACUGCAGACAUUUUGGUAGCCUCUCCCUCUAUAUAUAUCUAUCUAUUGUCCCGUGAUCGAACAUGUAAAUGGAGCACAUUGCAAUUGUCUUGUUUUUAAUCCAUUUAAAAAAGCGCCCACUGUCUGUUUACUUCUCCAAUGCAUUUCCUUGUGUCUCGGGUGGUCGGCUGCUUCAAGAACGACGGACCCCCGGAGACGAUGACUUAUUUAUGUGUGCGUGGGCUUCGGCUGAAGUAGGACUCUGUGACUCCCUUCACGUGUUUAAUCGAACCUGUGAUUUUUCCUCGUGCGCAUUUCUUUCUGUCUCUCUUUGUGCCCGAGCAAAAACAAAAAACCACUGGAGAGCGGUGGGAGGGUGUGGGUUUAACUGAUGGCGCUGCAUCUAAUCCCCGCUCCAGGUAGUUAACACUGGACGAGAGCCGGAAGGUUUUCCUGAACCUGGCAGGGAGAGAUCCUCAUUUCCUGCCCGCAUGUUCUCUCACCAAAGCCGGGGAAAGACUGUUUUUAACGCACUCGAAUGUUGGAUCUUAUGCAUCGAUUUUGUUCCUUUGUUGUUUUUCUUGGUUCCUUGGGUCGGUUCUGAUGCUCCUAUCUUGUUCUGGUGUAUUUUCUCGAUGUUUUGGACCAAACCUAGUGGGUGAAGUUGAUGUCUAGAGAGGUCUGCACUGUCUGGAGCACUUAUACAGACGCGGUUCUGGCUCUGGGAGACUGAGCAUGCUCGGUAGAAGGUUCCGUUUUUCUUAUUCUUUUUUACAUUUUAAUUAUGUUGAAGCCAGGCUGAGCAAAUUAUGUUGUCUUUCCAACCUGGAGUUGAAUCUAAACUCGUUUCGAGUACAAUUUUUAUCGCUGUUGGUUUCCUGUGUUUUAAAUUAAUUCCGAUAGAUUCUGCCAUGCUUUGAUUUAUGCAACCACUGGAACGAGAAGAGACGGUGUAAUUGUUUUCUAAUGUGAUUUUCAUUUGACUUCCGUCCGGUUGUUCAAGCUCAGUUCCUCCUCCUCCUCCUCCUCCUCCUCCUCCUCCUCCUCCUGUCUCUCUUAUGCCAUCAUCUUCUCCUUCUCCCUUCUUCCGAGGGGAGAGAAAGAUCACAUUCCGACGUCCCAUCCCAUGUCUUUUGCACUCGCAGUCGUCGAAGAACUUGCGAUGGCUGUUUCUUAUUUUUUUAUGUCUUUGCAUCUAAAUUGCUUUAAAAGUUGAUUUGCUUUCAUGCACGUUUUGUUGAUGUUUGUGUGUAUAUAUAAAUAUAUAAGGGGACAGAGUGAGAGAUAGAGUGAUAUAUUUGAUUUAUUCUGCUGUAGUGAUGUGUAAACGUGUCCACAUGCUGUUUGAGAGGCGAUCUUUCGCCAGGACCUCAGGUGAAACUUUACUACGUGCACUGGUGUGUGUGUGUGUGUGUGUGUGUGUGUGUGUGUGUGUGUGUAUGUGUAUGUGUAUAUACGUACGUGUGUGUGUGUGUGUGUGUGUGUUGCAUAGGGAGCCACGGUGGUUGUCGUUGUUUUUAUUUGUAAGUGUGUGUCCAAGGAGCUUCCCACCCAGUUUCCUGUGCACUGUCUUCCCACUCUGAUCCUUCACCAUUACCCACUUCCUCCCCCCACUCCAUCGGCCCCUAAACUCAUCUCCAACGGAUCUGCGUCUUCGCCCUGGCAUCCUGGGUCCCGCCUCGCCGCACACAAACAAAUAGAAAUGUGCAGACACUCUCCCUGCGCACACACACACAUACACACACACACACACACACACACACACACACACACACACACACACACACACACACACACGCCUCCUGCUCCCUGUGACUGAGCGCCCGCUGUGUUUCGGUCCCACGGUGCGCAUGUGAACAGGUUGUCCUGCUCUCUGGGCGCCGUGGUUACUCUUUAUUACAGGUGCUGCUGCUCUCUCGGUCUGCCAUGCGCUCACCGGUGGAGUCAGAUGACACCGUGUCUCCCUCCUCCUCCUCCUCUUUCCCAUGCUACAGCCCUCUCCAGCCCCCCCCCCCCUCCCGUCCCCAUGUAGCCUCCCAGGGGCCCAAUGGGAGGGUGGGAUCAGGUGGGGCAGGUGUCGAGGUGGCACGCCGCAUCCGUGAUCCAGCAACCCCUCCUAGCAACGGCGCAGGCUGAAAGUGCUCCGAUGCCACCUCCAAGCUGCCCAUUUCCGUUGUCAUGGUAGCCAGGUGUUAUUCAAGCAGAAACACACAUACGCAACCUCUAAGGGGCUCCACCCAUUGCUGUAACACUAUCCCCAUCUGUUGCAUUACUAUGCCUCAUCUCCCCACCCCCCCCCCCCCCCCCUUCUCCAUCCCGUUGUUUUUGUUUUGUACCGUUGCUUGCGUCUUGUUUCUGUUUUUAAUUGACUUCCUGUUUCCCGCUCUUCGACCUAUAGCGUCUACGCAACUGCGGGCUUUUGAGAUGCAAGUCUGUUUAGUUUGUUUGUUUUGCACAUCUUUUGAAUGUAUAGAUUAAAAGCCUCUGAGGUGUUUCUAGCUUUUCCCGCUCUCUCUCUCGCAAGGCUGAGAACAGCCCAGGAUGUUGAUUAAAGAUACUAGUGUGUAAAUUAUGUUUGUAGAUCCAUGUUGAUGCAUUGGGGAUUAAGGAGUUGUUUAGUUUGGACCGAGAUAAGGAAUGUGUCUUAUGUGUGCUGGCUUCUAAUCAUGUGAUGCAACAGAGAUUUUGUCCGUUAGUUUGUUCUGGUUUGGUGUUUCUGGUUUAGGAACUCUUGUCCUUUGUGAGCAAGAACCCAGGGCUCCUGUACCUACUGAAUAUAAAUACAAUAAUGCUUGUAAUAUAACCUUUGUAUAUGAGGAAGAGGGUGAAAAGCUUGAAGCAUCAUUACUUGUGAACAUAUCAAACUGUUUUUAAUGACCGAAGUUCUGCUAUCUUUAUUAGAAAUGUGAAAAUCAAAAACAUUUCAUUAAAUUAAUUUGGAAUUCUA